AUGCACGAAGCAGAUGUCUGGGUAGAUAGUUUACAUGUUGGUCGUCAUCUCGGUGGUUAUUUACCCUUCUAUAUUGAAAUUCCAAGCGGCAGGAACAUAACAGUUCGUCUUCGCAACACUGACAAUUCUCUUAUUUCACCAGGUAAAAAUUUGUUUGCAUUAGAUUUUAAUUAUUAUGGUGGUCUCUAUCGUCAUGUAUGGCUUUUGAGAAAACCUGCCCACCUUCGUUUCGAUCGACAUAUUCGCAUUCAAUAUGAAAAUAUUAGUCGAGCUCAAGUGACUCUUCGUGUACAGUUCAGUGUCAUUCAUACACCUAGUAAACUCGGUCAAUAUCGAAUCCGAUACUUGUUGGAUAGUCAUGAACUAUUGCCUUCUUCCAUUUUACUUCAAGAAAAUUCAUCAAAGAAAUCUGAUUCAUAUGAUGUAAAAAUGAAUGUUUUUAAUCCUCGCCUUUGGUCACCAUCACAACCGAAUCUCUAUGAGUUUCUAUUGGAACUUUUAUCAGACAUAGGAACAGAAGAAGGCAUAGUUGAUCGACACAACAUCAGCAUUGGACUUCGUUCACUAGAGUUUCGAUCUGAUAAUUCACAUUUAUUUUUGAACGGACAACAAAUGGAUUUUCUUGUUGGAACAAAUCGACAUUAA